GGGCAGGAGCCGGAGCCGGAGCCCGCGCCCGGAGGCGGGGUGGAGGGGAUCGGGGCUCGCGGAAUUGCUCUGAAACUUUUCGUCCAACUUCUGGGCUGUUCUCGCUCCAGAGGAGCCGUGGUCCGCUCCGGGGAAGCCCAGCCGAGCGAAGCGGAGAGAAGUAGUCCUAGCUCGGGCCGGGAGACGCCGCGGCCGCAGGAGGCGCGGAGUGAAGAGGAGAGGGGGCCGCAGUGGGCGCUCGGCUCUCGGCAGCCGGGCUCAUGGACGGGUGAGGCGGCCGUGUGCGCAGACAGAGCCCCAGCCGCGCGCGCGCCCCAGCCCCAGGCCCGGGCCCGGGCCUUGGCUCCAGGAGGAAGCGGAGCCCGCCAAGGCGGGGAGGAGAGCGGGCUGCCCCGCAGCCCGAUCCGGAGAGGGAGCACGCGCCGCGCCGGCCCCGGCCGGGCCUCUGAAACCAUGAACUUUUUGCUUUCUUGGGUGCAUUGGACCCUUGCCUUGUUGCUCUACCUCCACCAUGCCAAGGUAAGCGGCCGUGCCCGCCCGGGGGCCGCGGGGCCGCUGGCUACCUUUGGCCUCGCCUCCUGUUUACCUUCCUACUCCAGUCCCUUUGCCCCCUUGGCAGACUGA